AUGCGAAAAGGGAAAAGCAGUACCCGUGAGGAAUACAACAGCAAAGGAAAUGCGGACGAAAAUAAAAAACCUUUGGUGAAGCAGCAAUUGGGAAUCUCGGGAAUUGGCGAUCAGCUUCGUUCUAUGCUCGCAUCGCAAGGAAAAGCAUCCGGUAGCAAUGCCGGCGACAACAGCAUGAUCGGCGAAGCGAUGCGCGACAUGCGAGUCAAUAAUACUUCGACUGCCAUGCCAGGUGCUACUUUGUUUCGUGAAAGCACACAGCGCUCGCGUACUCCUACGUCAUUAGAUACGGAAUUUGACGCUUUUCGCCAAGGUACGACAGGGAAAGUCAUGUUAGGUGAGACAGAGACCAGUGGUACGGCAAACUCAUCGUUUGUGGAGCGAGCUUGGAGCGAAACUAUGCUACCCCAGCGCUAUGCAUCUGCACCAGUGCCGGUACAGACCGAUACAGACAAGGACGCAGCCGCUUUUUUUACCGCUUUCGAAAACGAGGGCAUCGACUUGGAAAAACCAACGGAGCUGGAGCCAAUAGCACAUCACCCCAUGUAUGUGCAACUUGUUGAGGAUUGGCGUCCACCUUCUCCUUCAGGUCAGCCGCAAAUGAUGCAUGAACAGUAUGCGAUGCAUGAACGUCUUGCACGUCUGCAGGCUGGGAUCGGUGAAGAGCAGCCCUACCGAAUUGCAGAAAAGGUUCAACCGCCGGAAGAUGAUGCUGAACUUCAUGAGGGCGUUUAUGCACCCACAACAGAGCAGGCUCUUGCCAGCGUUUGGGACACGCAAGCUACGCGCGAGCAACGCGUCGAAAAGUACCGCGAAAAUAAAAAUACGCGACCUGUAAGUGAUUUAAACAGGUAUACCCAAGUGCAAGGUCAAGCAAUUGUAGAUAAACUGAGGGGCUGGCUUGUUCGCGAGGGCUACACGUCGGAAGUUUACGGUCUUCCGCCCCUUGCGACACGCAUUUUUGGAGAAGCGGUCUUGGAGACACGCACGGAGAAGGACGAGGAGCUGCGUGCAAAAGCAAUUCGUCGCUUAGAGGCGCUUUACAGACAUUUGGAAGCACCAGCCUCGCACCAAGCUCCAAAAUCCAAGGCCGGCGAUAUGGUUAUGGAAGAAUGGUUGCAUAGUCAUAACAAUAUAUAA